AUGAGUCCACGGAGUGUCCCUGAACAGCCGGCGACAGCCCAUACCCGAACGUGUUCGGCCACGGAUUCGGUCGCUUCGCUUUCGAGUGCCCAUUCGAGGUCGUUAUCUUCGAACAAAACUAUUACUUCGAUCCCCCCAAAUCUUCUUCCUUCAGCACCCGCAUCGCCGCCGACCCCUGCUCCUAGUCCCACCCCUCAUCAGAGACCUCCGACAUGGCUGUCAGCCGAUGAAGACGAUGACGCUUUCCUUUUAAAUGCCAGGAUUCAUUUCAGUUCCCUGUCCAGCUUUAAAAGGCAGAAAUUCUUGGAGGGUAUUCUUAGUCUAUGUGAUAGCCAACAUCUCAGUUUUGUCUCUAGUUACGUCAGUCCUCGCUUGAGAAAGGACCCGUUUCUGGUCUUUCCGACAGAGUUAUGCUUGCGGGUACUUUCGUUCAUCGAUGAUCCGAAGACAUUAGCAAGAGCAUCUCAGGUAUCGAGGCGGUGGCGGGAACUAUUGAACGAUGAUAUCACAUGGAAAAACCUCUGCGAGAAGCAUGCGUAUGCAUCUCGUAAGUCUUCGGAGGAUGACCGGGAUUUCGUAGACCCUUUCCACACUCAACACAUGCAUACUGUCUCCGGCACAAACUCCCUGACUGGAUCGAGGAGUUCGCUCACUUCCAGCCAUCAGCUCCGGGAUGGCCACCCCGGUCUGACUCGCUCCCUGUCGGGGGACUGGCUUGCGUCAGCAAGCUUGUCUUCACGAAAGCGGAGAGUCCGGCCUUUGUCAUACAGGACCCAUUUCAAACAGAAAUAUAUGGUGGAAUCCGCCUGGAAUAAAGGCGGACGAUGCACCCAACGGCAUAUUACGCCCGAUCAGGGAGUUGUUACGAGCCUGCACCUCACGCCCAAGUAUAUUGUGGUUGCUCUAGACAACGCUAAGAUUCAUAUCUAUGACACCAAUGGAGAUAAUCAGAAGACGCUGCAAGGUCAUGUGAUGGGUGUAUGGGCCAUGGUACCCUGGGAUGACAUACUGGUGAGCGGUGGCUGUGACCGCGAUGUCCGUGUCUGGAACAUGGCUACUGGAGCCGGUAUCUACCUAUUGCGUGGUCACACAUCGACUGUGCGCUGCUUAAAAAUGUCUGACAAGAAUACGGCUAUCUCGGGGUCUAGAGAUACCACGCUACGAAUAUGGGAUCUGGCUUCAGGAACUUGCAGAAAUGUCCUGGUUGGACACCAGGCUAGUGUCCGGUGCCUAGCGAUUCAUGGGGAUUUAGUUGUUUCUGGAAGCUAUGAUACCACUGCACGGAUUUGGAGUAUCUCCGAGGGGCGAUGUCUCCGCACUCUUUCGGGCCAUUUUAGUCAAAUUUAUGCAAUCGCCUUCGAUGGCAGGCGAAUCGCUACCGGUAGUCUGGACACCAGUGUGCGGAUAUGGGACCCGCAAAGUGGCCAGUGCCAUGCUAUCCUCCAAGGCCAUACAUCUUUAGUGGGGCAGCUGCAGAUGCGGGGUGACACACUCGUCACUGGCGGCUCGGACGGGUCUGUCCGUGUUUGGUCUCUGACCAGAAUGACCCCAAUCCACAGGCUAGCGGCACAUGACAAUAGCGUGACAAGCCUUCAGUUUGACAGCUCGCGGAUUGUCAGCGGUGGUAGUGACGGCCGUGUUAAGGUGUGGAGUCUACAAACCGGACAGUUACUCCGGGAAUUGUCCUCACCCGCAGAGGCGGUUUGGAGGGUGGCCUUUGAAGAGGAAAAGGCUGUGAUCAUGGCGAGUAGAUCGGGUCGGACAGUCAUGGAGGUUUGGACUUUCUCGCCUCCUCCGGAAGACAAUACCGAUGAAUUCGUGCCACGGAGUUCAUCAACGCUACCGGGAUGUCGAAACUGCUCUGUAUACGGACGACCAUGUCCAGGAUAUCGACCAGAUACGAUCUUCCGGAAUGAGAAUCAAAAAGUGGAACGGCUGAUGAGGAAAAGAAGCAUCACACCCACGGAUAGCCAGCGCAGCAGUCGGAGUUCCUCCGUCAGUCAUAGCACUUCCGUCAGUCAUAGCAGUCUAGAACUGCCACUAAUACUUCCCCAUGUCGCCGACUCCACGUGGGAGGAACGAGCAGUCUGCCACUUCUUUGAUCAGUUCACGUGUGUUAGUGAUGAGGCAUUGAACCACCUGGGGUUUUUGCCUUCCCUGUAUGCUACGUGUCGUGACAGUAGGCCAGACGAUCCGGUAUCCUCCUGCCUAAAGCUGGCAACCGAAGCAGCUGCUCUCAUUACACUAAGCAACCAUAUGAAAGCGCCUCCGCUUCUUCUCAAAGCAAGAGGGUACUAUGGCUCGGCGCUCCAUGGGCUUCGGCGCUUACUGGGCACACGGUCUCAGGCAGUCAAAGACGAAACUUUUGCGACGAUGGUCAUUCUCUCCAUCUUUGAAGACAUCGCCGGAGAACGAAACGGGCUCUACAGCUCACAUACAAAGGGAUUCGGACUUCUGAUGGCGAUGCGAGGUGAAAGCCAACUAAGCCAUGCACAAGGUCGAGAUUUGUUCAUUUGUGCUUAUGCGCAUACUCUUAUUGAGAGCAUAGUCCUACGGACACGGCCCCGGCAUGGUAGUACUAGUACAGAACUGAUUGUCGGGCAACUUGACGGAUCCGAGCCAGUGCCUAGGCUAAUACAAACGGCAUCCAAGAUUGGUCAGCUAUUUGCCGAAAGCUCUUCCCACCAGGGGUCAUUAGAUAUAGAUAAUAUUACACAACUCACUACAUGGAUAGAGACCGGCAAUUCCUUAGCUCUGGAGAUGGCUAACUGGAGUCAGCAUUUACCGGAUCACUGGCUCCCCCUCGUCGUCAGUACGGCUACGGGCGGAUCGCUCAUGACUUAUCAGAAUGCAUCUAUUGCAGCAAUUUGGACAUAUUACCGCGCGGCUCGGAUUAGCCUCCAGAGACAUCUACUUGAUCUACGCCGGAACCUUGCCUCGCUUGUCGGCGACAACCAGGCCAGCGAUGUCCACUGCCAUGCGGCGCUGGAGGAGAUUCAGGAGAUGACUAGUGACACCUGUCGCAGCAUUCCAUUUUCGUUAGGGGACAUCGAUGCAUUUGGGCAAUCAAUCCCAACCUCUACUGAGGGACGACCUCCCAUUCGCGCUCUUUACGGAUAUCUGAUGCUGUGGCCGCUAUGGUAUGUUCAGACGUUCGGCAUGUGCACAGUGGCACAGAUGGAGCAAAUCCGAAGCGCCCUGGGCAGUGUCGGCUCUGUGCUGGGCAUCAAGCUGGCGUUUAUAUUGGCGCAACAGGGAAGCAUGUCCCAAUAUGCAACCGCAUUGACCCCAAACCCUUACCGUUUUCUACCAUCGACGGGCUAA